AUGGACAAUCCCACUAACUGGUCGGGUGUUUAUCAAAGUGGCUAUCACAAGUGCACGUCAACGAAUGAAAUCUUUUUUCGAUAUUUGGGGACUUUCAUCUUCUUUAUUGGAAUCAUUUCAACACUUUUGAGUAUUGCAGUCUUUACCAGAAAACCUCUUCGUCGGAAGUCCUGUUGUUUCUAUUUUUUAAUAUUAGCUAUUAGUGAUUCCAUACAUUUAACAACGAUGACGAUUGAGCAUUUACCAUAUGCUUUUCAAGUGGAUCUCGUUAUUAUUCAUUCUAUCAUUUGUAAACUCAUCAUAUUUCUGAUAUAUUUCUCUAAUCAUCUAUCCAAUAUUAUCCUAACUUUAGCAUCGAUCGACCGAUUUCUCCUCAUUUAUUAUCCGUCGCGUUCGCGAAACUUUUGCAACAUCCAAAAGGCGAAAUGGCUGACUACCAUUGUAAUUAUUGUCGUCUUUUUCUCCAGUGGACAUAUUUUAUACGGCUAUGAAAGAGUCCUUGUCUUUAAACAAGACGCGUUCGAGCUUUACGAUUGUACUAUUCCAAGCAACAAUGCUCUUUAUUCCCAAUUCUUUCUCUUCUAUGAUUCUUAUAUUGAAAGUAUAUGUUUUGUUUCCAUUCCAUUCAUUGUUAUGAGUAUUUGUUCGGUAUUAAUUAUUUAUCAGAUACUCAUCUCACGUCGAAAUGUUCGCUCGAACUCUCGAAUUAAACAAUCACGACUACGUGAUAAAGAUGUUCAACUAUCUUGCAUGUUAAUUGGUACAUCCUUCGCAUUUCUGUUUCUUUGCUUGCCUGCUGAAAUCAACGAUACGUUUAAUUAUCUUAUUUACGAAUCUUCUUGUCCGUAUUGGCUUCGAAAAGUAGUCCUCAUUUCGCUACAACAGAUCUACUAUGCUGGACACUUCUACAUUUACACUUUAACCGGACAAAUCUUUCGCAGGCAUUUAUACGCCUUUCUCUUCCUACGUCGUCGUUCGAGUGCAUUGAGCAAACAAGAUUUCCCAACUGAACAUCGUCCGAGCGUAUAUAGCGACACGAAUCGCCUACGAACAAGUGAAAUUGAAAUGAGCUCGCGACCGUUUCCGGAUGAUUCAUCGUCAAGAUCACGAUCAGAUUGUCGACUAAUUGUUCAGCUAUAA